UUGCAGGACGGUCCCUUCUGCCGCGCAAAGUGCCCCUCCUGGAAGUAUGCAGAUGAAAAGACGCAAACCUGCCGGGACUGCGCUCCUGUCUGUCAGCAGGCGCCCUCAAAACGGCCGGACUUCUUUACCGGCCUGCGGCCGCACCAAGUCGGCCACCUAGAUGUCUGCAGUGGUCCUGGUGACUGGCCGGGUCCAGGAGGUUGUAACUUCUGUGAACAGGUAGCUGUCAGUCCUGAGACGUCCGGCUGUGGAGGGGACGAUGGCCGGGAAUCCUCGGAUGAAUGUGCAUCGACUCUGCGUUGUUUGAUUCCCUAUCAGGCCUGUCCUCAACAGACAUUUCUGCACCUGCUUCAUGUCACCUCCGGCCCUCUAUCAGGGGGUUCUGACACCAACAACCGAAGCCAUAUCCUCUCGAGCCUGUCCCAGGACACCUCCUUCCAGUACGUGUCCUUGACCGCGCGUGAACUGGUAGCUGAUUGGCUCCUAUCUCUUCGUGAGCACUUCAGCACUCGUGUUGUUCGCAUCUGCCUGCCUUGUCAUACGCAGUGCUCACCUUUCGUGAAUCCAAGCUGCACUGGACCCUCGGCGACUCAGUGCAGUUCAUGUCGCACAGCCGUCUUUCAGGGCCGCUGUGUGGCCUUCUGUCCAGACGACACCUUCUCCUUCAAGAACCACAGCAUGGAAGCGGGCAACGAACUCGAAAACUCCACGGGGUCUGUGGCAGCCCACACAGUGGAGCAUUGUUUGCCCUGCCACAGUGAAUGUCACGGUGGUUGUUCCGGUCCUGGAAGUGAUCACUGCAAGCAGUGUCGCAACUUUAAAGUCUUCACGAAUGCAAAAAGAACACAAGUGAGUUGUUCCGCCCCCCUUCGGCUGCCCUAA